UAUAUUUUUACUAGAUAUAUUAUAUAAUGAAUGAACAUAAUUGGAUUCGUAGCAUGAGGAAUAAAGUAAAUAAAUUGUGUAAUAAUGUUACAUUUAAUACUAUAUACCAAAAAUCAAAUGAAAGACUUCCACCUCGUUUAAAUUACAGGGGGCUUUCAUAUAUUGCCAGAGUUCUUGGACAUGGAAUAAGAGAUAUAGCUAAAGAAAAAACAGGAAAAGACCUGGCUUGUUUACGAGAUAAUGUUACUAGAAAUAAAAUGUUAAGACUACUUUCUGGUUUAUUUUUAACAAUCGCUAACUAUGAAGCUAGGAAAGACUUUAUGUACCUAGUUGAGAAUCAUAGCUCAAAUUUUACAUCAGCUUUAUCCAUGGAUGGAGAUGAGGGUAGUUGCAGUAAACAGGAAUUUAAAAAACAUGCAAAUUUACACAAUUUUAUAGCUAAUUACCACAAGAUAUGCAUGCAGCAAGAACAAAACUUGGAAGACUUUCGUAAUACAAAAAAUAAACAAAAAGUAAAAACCUCAGACUCUAGCAAUAGCCAAACAUUAAUUCAUCAGAAUGAAAAAUUUAAGAGUUGCAAAUGCAAUAUGAUAAAUUCUUUAAAAGAUCAAAGUAAAUGUUUUACAGGUUGUUGGUUGCACACUGGAAUUUCAGAAACUGAACUUGACAUGUAUUACAAUGACAAUAUAUCCCAGUUUCAGUUGUCUCCGUCAGGAAGCAAAUUAGUAAACACUGUUCCAGAUGAUUGGUCUGAAUUUACAAGUAGUGAACAUUGUAUAGUAUUUCGGAAGAGGCUACCUAACGGUCUCUAUAAAUACAAAGUUCAAGCUACAUUCUAUAACAUUACGGCGAAUCACCUCUUCAAUGUUCAAAUAAAUACUGAAUAUCGUAAAUCGUGGGAUCCAUAUGUGGUUAAACUUGAUCUUGUUGACUCAAAUGAUGAAACUAAUUCACAACUUGUUCAUUGGGUCACAAAGUGCCCAUAUCCUUUUUCAACUCGUGAAUAUAUUUAUUUACGGCGUUACAAGAUAGAUGAUAAGAGAAAGGUAAUGAUUUUAUGUCAAUCAGCAACUGAUAAGUCUACAAUACCUUAUAGUAAUGGUGUAGAAAGAGUCGAUAUUUAUGAUUCAAAAAUGAUUAUUAAGCCACACAAAAGUGAUUUUAACCAGAAUGGAUGUGAUUUUUUAUUGACCUAUUAUGACGAUCCAAAGAUAAAGUUUGUUCCGGAGAGAGUAAUGGAUAUGGCAGCAUCUAGGGGUAUAUGUGAGUCUACUAGUCAAAUGUACAAUGCAGCAUUAAGGCUUGCUCAUGUAAGCUAAGCCUUAAAUUUCGAUACUGAAGCAUAUGUUGUAUCAUACUCAGCGUUGCACCUUUUUUAUGUCAGAACCAAAACAUUUUCUAGAAUUUAAUAAUUUUUUUCGAUUUUGAUAUUUAUUAUAUAAAAUAAAUAAGUAAAAAUUUUUAA